GCUGGCUCAGUUUCGUGGUUCCUAGCUGUACAACAGAACUUUGCGAAAUAAAAAUUUUAUAAUAUCAAGAACAUGGCGGCGUAUCACGUGAUAUCGGACGCAAUUCGCAAGAGAGAGUGAUCAUACUGGUUAUAUAUAGUUAUGCUGUGCUAGCAGUCCAUGUAUAUAUAGUCAAAGACAAUAACAGGUAUUCCUCAAGAGGAUUGCUACCACGGCGCAGCUGUGAGACACACAAGUCAAGAAUUCGAGUUUGUUUUUUCAAUAAUUAAACCGAUCACACGACGAAUUCGAUGGAAAUUUCGCACGAUAGACGAUCGUGUGUACUGCGUACGAAUAAGAUAUGAAAGUAAGGAUACGCGAUAUGGAAGGUAUCGAGAGUGGAGUGGCGGGAGAUUGCAAUAAGUAAAUAGUGGAUCAGCUGAUGAGUGACAACAGACGUACGAGAAGUGUAUUGUUCUUGCUGUUGGUUAUGGCGACAAGCAGUUCUGAUGGGUCCUGUACAGCACCUGCAGAUUUUCAGCUUUCGUCAGAGCUGGAAGACGUUCCGAAUCGUCUGAGCGUGAACCUGUUCAAGUGCCCGCUGUGCCAUAAUAGCCGAAGAAUUUUUUACUGCCGCCAGUGCAUCCAGAAUGGCGAUUUCAUCCAUUCAACUUCUGUUUAUUCCGAGCGAUUUGCAGAUAAACAACUGCGACUUUUACGGUUGAAAGCUGCCAGAGCUCAGCUGGAAGAGAAAUGCGUGAAAGCACUCGAGAAAUAUAAGCAACGGGAUAAAUUGAUAUGUGAUAUAAAUACUUGCAAAGAAAGAGUCAGGCUACUCCAGUCACUAGUAAACGAAACUAGACAAAGUAUCAGCAGAGGUAAUCAACGUUUGAACGUUCUGAAAGACGUGAAUUCUCAGUUAGCGCUUAGAUUACCCAGACACGAAGAGCGUGUAGAAAAAUUACAUCGAUACGUCACUGGGUUGAGAGCGAAACAAGAGAAACAGAGAGAGGCGGUAGAUAGGAAGAGGCAGCAGUUGAAAAAAGUGAUCAGAACCGCUGCGAAACAGUUGAUUCAAUAUAUUUUUCCAUUGUCCAAAGUGCAACCUAGCAGAAGUUUAUGCAGUAGUGAGGAGGACGCUAGUUCAGACGUGACUUGUGCACUGGCAGAUGCGUCUGGCACGUCUUACGUCAGAGGCAGAUGGGUCAAUGAUACGGACAACGCUCUGGAAGUUCAACAUCGUAUCGUUGCUCCGACUUUGCCAGGAGACGGGGACUACAAUGCAUAUUCUUUAUGGGUGGCAGCGAACAAGGACGGUGUGCCAGGUGCAAAUAAAGAGACUGCAAUGCACAAUCCAGUGUACAAUAUCAGUGCAGCUUUAACUUACGCUACACAAUUGGUUAAUAUUAUUGCUUAUUAUCUUAACGUUAGACUACCAUAUAAACUUGCUUAUGGUGAAUUCUGUGGGAACGAGAUGUCGGAUCAGAAAUUUGCAAGGAAAGUGGCGAGGCUCAAUAGCAACGUGUUACAUUUAUGUUUCACACAAAAUACAAAUAUCACAGUUUUAAAUCCGAUGCACACUCUACAAAAUAUAAUGCAUUUGCUCAAUACCGAAAUCAGUGAUCUUGGGAGGAUUGGUCCAAUGGAAGUUGACACAAAUGUUAUAGCACAAUUGCACAGUCAAUUAGUUCCCGAUUUAGAAAACAGUGACGACUCUGCUUCGGACGAAGAGGAAGACGCUUCUAAUUGGGAUUGGGAAGCUGUACCAAACGUCGCUUGCCCCGAAAUGGUAGUUCCAAUCCCUGGUGCAAUGGUCAGUCAACAAUCGUCUAGUAUGCAAGUGAAUCAAAGUGUCGCUGGCGGUUUAGUUACAAGUGCCGCGGCUAGCAUAGCCUCUAUCUGGCGUGGUUGGACGACAAACAAAUAGACUGCUCUGUUUAACUCGUUUUUAUACGAAUCAUCAUUACACGUGUAAGAAUGUAUGUUUCAAUACGCACGAGCGUCGACGAUGCUUCAGAACACCGUGGAACAUCCGAGGUUCAAGCAUGGACACAUUUAAGAAGCAUUGUAAAUAAUAUCCGUUCGUGUAAGGUACGUGAAAGCGUAGUUCAAUUUCUUUUGACAAAGAUCUGACGAUCAGUUGGUUCCGAGCUGUUCAUUGAAUUCUAUUGAUUUCUGCUGUUACUGGUAACACGAUAUUCCGAACAGCUUCGCUGAACUCACGAUACGGUUUGCGGUUCUGGUACAAAUUUGUUACGUGUACGAACUCGCGGUCGGACACUCCCGUGUCUUCGGUAAUUGUUCGUUCACAAAGACGUGAGUUUAAAACGACUGCCUUUUUUAUGCUCACUUCAUCUAUUUACGUCUGUCGGAACUCCGAACAGUCUCCUACUUUCGUUGCCCUCUUCUACUUUACGAUUAAUGUCGGCAGGGAAACGUUGUUCGAUCUCUCGAUCAGCACGUCAGACAAGUACGAUCUGUUGAAACACUUCAUACCUGACAAUAUACAACGCGAAUGGGAGUAUCAGACGAAUCACUUUUGAUUAUAUUUAAAAUUAAGAGUACGACACGUGUGCGGUGUAUCAAAACGAAUUUUGUAUUCAGGACGUUGUUAAAACUAUUUAGUAGACUCGAUAAGGACGUAAGAUGUACAUUAUUAUUAUCAGAGCACGAAUUUAUUGACGUAGGUUAGUUGCACUGCAUUGUAUCGUUCUUAAAAUGCAUAUGUGUAAUUCUCGUAGGAAAUUAACGUUUUGAUUUUUCUUUAUAAAUCUCAUUCCGAGAAAGUGUUACCGUUCCGUGCGUGUGUAGUACGCGUGCAGCGAUGUUGAAUUUCGCGUGAGCGUGCGCAGUGAACAAGUGGACGCGUUCAAAAUAUAUAAUCGUAACAUUGAUUUAGUAAGGAUCACGAUUCCUUUGUACCAUGUAAUUUUUUAUGUACGAGAAAAAGAAACGUCGAGGAAGAGACGAAUCAUUGUCUCUUGUAAUAAUUGUUAAGUCUGUAACAGUGAUACACCUGUCUGUUGUACGAAUGGACACAGAGAUUCGUUCGGACGAGUAAUUUUACACGCAUCAAAUUUGAUCGAGAUUACGAUACACGACCGUUGAAUAUAAAUUGAUAUUUAUAUGGAAAACCAGCACAAAUUUGUAAAUGUUAUUUGAUAAGUAUAUUGUAACGUUGAGAGGAAAUUCGAAAUCGGCGCGCAUUCGAAAUCGUAAUGUGGCCGGGCUCUUAGUAACGUAUUCUUUAAAUAAAAUUUACAAAAGAGUAUGAACGAUAUUUUUAAUUAUCGUAUUACUACUAUUAAGCGAUAUAUAAAUAUACAAUUUAUAUAAACAUAUAUAUUGUAUAUAUAUUGUACAAGAUGGCUAUGUUUUACCUAAACAAAGUUUCAUUGUGAUAUCACAAAUAAAUUAGAAUUUGUUUUUUUUUAUCAA